AUGCCCGAAACGAGACACAGCAAGAAACAGGCGGCAACCUCUUCCACACAGCGCAUCGUCCACAACAAACCACGCGGUGGUCCACGGGGGGGGGGGGGGGAGGGGGCCCCCCCGCAAAAGCAGACCUUCGGAAGAACCGUGGGCCACGCCGCGUGGCCUCGAAAAGCGGAGGAGGACGGGGAGGAAGAAGAGGAGGAGGAGGAGGAGGAGGAGGCAAGACAAGACAAGACCGAUCGCGAAGCGAUAUUCAAAUACUACCUCUGGCACCUCAGACGACGCAGAAGAACUCUUCCAAGGGCCCCGAGUCGACACCGACGAUUACGGAGAACACCACGAGGAAUCACUGCAUGA